CUAGCAGACAAUUCAUUUCAGGGGAGCCUCUUAGCAACUUCACUAACGAUCCAAUGAUAUUCGCCUUUGAAUAGAUGUUCAGUCGAGGUUUGGCAGGAUAGCAAUUACGUGCGAACAGUCUUUCCGGGAAAGUCGGCGUGGUGACAAUAAAUUCCGGCUCGGUGGAUGCAGCUUCGUCUUGUUCAGUGGAUGCAGCUUCUUCUUGGUCGGUUGAUGCAGGUUCGUCUACUUCUGACUCCGUUGUCAUUACUGAAAUACAAUGACCAAAUCCAGACAUUUACCCAACGCUAUAUUUUUAAAAACUUUUCCCAAAGAAUUUCACAGCGGAGCUUAGCGAAAGGAGAUACCUUCAUAACGAGUUCUAGUUUUGCCUUCUCGGAGAAUUUUCUUGGGAAUUGCUUCUCUAUCACUGGCGGAUUGACUACGAGUCACCCUCCUCGAGGGCGUUACGCUGGACGGGGAUACCAUGCCGAUCUGGGUUCAGUCGAGGGUGGUUCUUAUGUGAGAAUCUUCUUAUGUUUGGUUCUCAAUUGCAGUUGUUUAGAGGUGGUUCUGGUAUAUUUUGAUGGGAUGUUUUUGUUUUUCUAAUUUUUAAUUUUUUUUUGCUUUUAUUAGGUCUUUUUCUGAUUUUUUAAAUAAAAAAAUAAGUGGUGGCACGGUCGUAAUAUCAAGAACCACGCGCGCCCUCUGUCGAUAUUUCACACUUUUCGAAAAGGCGAUUUGCCCAAUUUGCUAAUUUAAACUUGAGGUGUCCAAACUCCCUAAUAUCAAACUUGCGAUUUGCCCAAUUUGCCAAUUUUUUCUUUUAUACUUUUAUAUGGAAAUACCCGAACAUCCGAAAUAUCCGACUCGUAUUUGAGAAAAGGAAAAGCUGCGUGACCUAAAAAAAAAAGAACUCGAUCACUCCCCCAAGGAAAUGGCGCUUUUACACUUUUCCAUUUCAUUUACAUUUCUAUAUUCAAUCCAAUCUGUCUCUCCUUUUCUCGCAAUCUCCUCCCCCCACUCUCUCCUACCACACACACUGAGAAACCAUGUCGGAGAACACGAGGAUGACGAGGGCGGCGGUGAAACGAAAAGCCUCCACAGCGUUUGCGAGGGCGGACGAAAUCACAGUUAGCAAGAAGAGAGUUGUUCUCGGAGAGCUUACCAAUGUCGCUGUACCGAAUCAGGAAAGAGAGAUCCACAAGCCUAAAUCAACUCUCAUCCCCGCCAAGAAACAGACGAAGCAUGCUCCCAUACCUCCUCCUCCACCCGCCCUGGAUUUCGAAUCUGGAUCCGUCGAUCCUCAGAUGUGUGGACCUUACGUCGCCGACAUCUGUGCGUAUCUCCGCGAAAUGGAGGGGAAGCUGAAACAAAGACCUCUACAUGAUUAUAUCGAGAAGGUUCAGAAUGAUAUAACGCCUAGCAUGAGAGGGGUUUUGGUGGACUGGUUAGUUGAAGUUGCCGAGGAAUACAAACUUGUCUCCGACACACUCUAUCUCACUGUCUCUUAUGUCGAUAGAUUCUUGUCUGCAAAGCCUAUUCACAGGCAGAGGCUUCAGCUUGUUGGAGUUUCUGCUAUGCUUAUUGCGUCUAGGAAAUACGAAGAGAUAAGUCCUCCUAAAGUGGAAGACUUUGUGUACAUCACUGAUAAUACGUUUACAAGACAAGAUGUGGUGUCCAUGGAGGCAGAUAUACUUCUUGCUCUGCAGUUUGAGUUAGGAUGUCCAACCAUUAAAACGUUCCUAAGACGGUUCACAAGGGUUGCUCAAGAGGAUUUCAAUGAGUCACUAUUGCAGAUAGAGUUCCUCUGUUGCUAUCUCUCAGAACUGAGUCUGUUGGAUUAUACCUGCGUGAAGUUCUUGCCAUCUCUUUUGGCUUCUUCUGCUGUCUUUCUUGCCCGGUUCAUCAUCCGUCCAAAACAACACCCUUGGAAUCAAAUGUUAGAAGAGUACACAAAAUACAAAGCGUCUGAUCUGCAACAAUGUGUGGGUAUCAUUCAUGACUUGUAUCUAAGCAGAAGAGGGAACGUUCUUGAAGCUGUUAGAAAUAAAUACAAGCAACAUAAGUUCAAGUGUGUUGCAACCAUGCCUGUUUCACCUGAACUGCCUCUUGCUUUCUUUGAGGAUGUUACCAUCAGAGACUUGAAGCCUUGUGUUGGAAGUUGUUAGUGCCUGGAUUUGGGUUUGUAUAUAACUGCCAUUAGAGUCGGCAGUUUAGUAUUUUUUUUUUUGCUAAAAGUAGUCAAGAAAUUCCUUUUUGGUUGGCCAUUUAUUUCAAUGGCUGACUAUGAGCUGUUUGAUUGUUUUGUUUUUCUGCUUUUGUGCGAUGUAAAAGCCUCUUUAGAUCA